AUGGCAGUCACUGCAACCGAUGCGAUUCAUCCACGUUUCGUAAAGAAACCAUUAUUUUACAGUAUGGGACUUAAAAUAGCUUUAGUUCAGUUAUCAGUAGGUAAAGAUAAGAGUAAAAAUGUGGCUCAAGCAGUAAAAAAAAUUCACCAGGCUAAAGAGAAGGGAGCACAGCUAGUUGCACUGCCUGAAUGUUUUAACUCUCCUUAUGGAACCAAGUACUUCAAUGAGUAUGCAGAAGAAGUACCAUUGGGUGAGACAAGUAGUGCCUUAUCCCAAGCUGCAGCCGAGGCUGGUGUAUGUGUUGUAGGUGGAACAGUCCCAGAGAGAUGUGGAGACAAACUUUAUAAUACUUGCACUGUGUGGGAUAUCAAUGGAAAACUAAUAGCCAAAUAUAGGAAGAUGCAUUUAUUUGAUAUAGAUAUUCCUAACAAAAUAACAUUCAAAGAAUCAGAAGUAUUAAAACCAGGAAAUGAGAUAACCACAUUUGAAUGCAAUGGUGUGAAAAUCGGCUUGGGAAUAUGUUACGAUCUUCGCUUUCAAGAGAUAGCACAUCUAAUGGCCAAUGAAGGUUGUGGCUUACUAAUCUACCCGGGUGCGUUCAACAUGACAACGGGGCCUAAACACUGGGAGUUGCUCGGGAGGGCCAGAGCGACUGAUCAGCAACUCUGGGUGGCUCUGGUGAGCCCUGCACGGGAUGCAAAUGCGGAAUACGUGGCUUGGGGACAUACUACCCUUGUAGACCCGUGGGGAGCAGUCGUUGCUAAACUUGAUGAGAAAGAGGAUACUCUUGUACACACUGUUGAUUUAUCUAUGCUUGAGGACGUAAGGGGCUCUAUUCCUAUCAGGGUUCAACGGAGGACCGAUAUCUACGACACCGUGCGUAAAUCCUAG